CCAUCAUCCAGUUUCGUUAGUAUUUUCAUUUAGGCCAUAUUUCUCGCAAUGCAUCUUUCAACGCUGCAGUUUAUGGGCUGGCUUGCCCUCAGUUCCGUCGUCGCAUCCAGCGAUCCAACCAUGUCCACAUGCAAAACUCUCUCCGUCGCUCUUCCAGAUGAAGUCUUUUUCCCUGAGACCGAUUCAUACAACGCCUCCGUCUUGUCAUACCCUUUCGUUCAACUUCGUCUCGAAUCGACUUGCAUUGUUCGGCCCAAGACUACGCACGAUGUUGUCACUAUUAUCACGACCCUCAAUGAAAGCAAUCGCACCAGAUUUGCUAUCAAAGGCGGAGGUCAUAACGCCAACGUGGGUUUCAACAACAUUCGGGAUGGGGUGACCAUCGACAUGCAAGGUUUGAAGACUGUAGAAGUUGCAAGAGGUAAUGAAGUUGUAAGAGUUGGCGCGGGUGCAUUGGGGCAAGAUGUAUAUGAUGUGGUGCAGAAGCACAAUCUCACAAUACUUGGGCCCAGGAUCGGAAUGGUUGGUGUAGCUGGUUUUACUACUGGAGGUGGGAUUGGAUUUCUCUCUCCCGAGAAAGGCUGGGCCUGCGACGCAGUGGUCAAUUUUGAAGUCGUACUUGCCAGUGGUGAGAUCGUUAAUGCGAAUGCAACUUCCAGAGUUGAUUUGUACACGGCUCUCAAGGGUGGUCAGAGUAACUUCGGUACUGUCACGCGGUUCGACCUCAAGACAUUCCCUCAAGGUCCAAUUUGGGGAGGUAGAAUUGCUUAUGCUGCUAAUGCCAGUGCUGGUCUGAUAUCGGCUUACACAAAAUUCAAAGAUCCGGAGAACUACGAUCCGUACGCAUCGGGAUGGGUGACGAUUGGAUAUAAUCAUACGGUGGCAAAGUUUGCGCCAGUGAGCAUCUUAUGGUAUACCAAGCCACAGCUGAAGCCUGGCGCACUGGGAGGGAUCAUCAAUGCCGGUUCGCAUGUAACCAACGGAAUGAUCGAGGCGCCUAUCAAUGAGCAUACAAGAAAUGCAUCACGGGGUGUAGCUGCUGCAGCAGCUAGGCGUACCAUAUGGGCGACAACCACCUUUCAUAUCUCGCCUACGAUUCUGCAUCGGAUUCAUUCUUUCUGGGCAGACUUGAUACCCGAGAUCUGCGAGACACAUGCAGAAGCUAACGUCGCGGCCGAAUUGACAUUUCAAUCACUUCCUCCCUCACCUUCAAGCGACUCACAUCCCAACAGUUUGGGUUUUGCGCACAACGAAACACCUGAGAAGAAUAUUGUUUUCGUGCAGGUUGUCUUCCUGUACAGUGAUGGUGCAGCUACAGUAGGGCUUGAGAAGGCGUUGAAAGACCUCGUUGAGAGAAUCAAUGAGCUAGCGGACGAUGAAGGUCUAGCGCACAAAUUCAGGUAUAUGAACUUCGCAGCUUGGUUCCAGAAUCCCCUGGGUGGGUAUGGAAAAAAGCAAAAGAAGACCUUGAGGGAGGUCGCGCAAAAGUAUGAUCCUAAAGGUAUGUUUCAGAAGCAGCUCGCAGGGGGGUUCAAGCUUUUCUAAAAGGGGGUUUUAAGCGAAUUUCUUUAGACGAGGGAACAGACAUCAAUGCAGACAUACUCUCGGGUGCUGAGUGGACGUAGGAAGAGCGUCAUAAUCCAC